GCAACAGGUAAAUAACCAGAAAUCAUUCAGCGCUUCUAACUACAGGAUAAAAUGUAACACAUACUGUACACUAUCGCUGUUGACCUUGUUCUUUUCCACCUUUUCUCGGAGGUGAAAAAACAGAAAGAGGAGGCUUUCUUUGCUGAAGUGGCAAAGUCCAUCUAAGCUGCACUUCCCAAUGACAUCUGGCCGCAUCCCAGCAGGGACUGUUGCACAUCCACCUGCCAAGAAACCAAAUGUCUGAGAGCUAGCCAGCUGAGUAGAGGACUCCCCUCUCUGCCCGUACUCUCCACCUGCAGCCAUGAAUGGCGGAGCCAGUGUGUGGGCCAUCACUCCAGAGGAGAGGGGGAAACACGACAAACAGUUUGACAGCCUCGCCCCCGUCCUCGGCUAUGUCUCAGGAGAACAAGCCAGGAAGUUCUUCCUCCAGUCUGGCCUGCCUCCGUCUGUCCUGGCUGAGAUCUGGAACUUGGCUGACAUGGACAGCGAUGGAAAGAUGGACAGGCAGGAGUUCUCCAUCGCUAUGAAGCUCAUUAAACUCAAGCUCCAAGGGCGGAACUUGCCAACCGUCCUGCCAAUCACCAUGAAGCAAACUCCUGUCUCCAAUUCUGCUUCAAUCAUCCCCUCAUCAGCACGCUUUGGAAUGGGUUCUAUGCCAAACCUGUCAAUUGGUCUGCCAUCCAUGCCAACUAUGUCAACCAUGCCCAUGCUAACACCCAUCCCGGCUAACACCUCCAUGCACUCUAUGCAAACCCUGGUGCCAAUGCCAAUGACUCUGCCCCUCAUCACCUCCCUGGGAAACUCUGGACUCCCCAACGGCAAUAUCAACCUCCUCACCCCACCUCUUGUUCCCAACAAUGCAGUGCUCCCUCUCUCCGGCUUCUCCUCUCCCAUGGCGUUCUCUCCAUCCACCGGCAUGUCAAAGGCCAACUCUCUUCUGGACCUUGGAUCCAGCAGUUCAAAUUCUUCCUCCACCACAUCGCUGGCCAGUAACUCUCCAAAGACAGGCGCUAGUGACUGGGCCGUUCCGCAGGCCUCGAGACUCAAGUACCGCCAGCAGUUCAACACGCUGGACAAGCUCAUGAGUGGCUACUUGUCUGGACCUCAGGUUAGAAAUGCACUGAUUGCAUCCAACCUGACCCAGACUCAGCUCGCUACCAUCUGGACGUUGGCAGAUGUGGAUAAAGAUGGUCAACUGCAAGCUGAUGAGUUCAUUCUGGCAAUGCACCUGGUGGACAUGGCUAAAACUGGCCGACCUCUACCGCUCACACUGCCUCAGGACCUGGUUCCUCCCUCUCUCAGAGGAGGAAUCAAGCCCAUUGAGCUUGUGAAUGGAACAGGGCCGUACAUAACUCCCUGUAUAAUAGACACACCAGAGAUAGAACCUGCACAGAAGACCAAGAACAUGGUGUCCUUCGAGGACAAGCUGAAGGAGAACUUUGCGCGGGGCAGCGCCGAGCUGGAGAAACGUCGACUGGCUCUGGAGGAGGAGCAGAGAAAGGAGAGGGAGAGGAGAGAGAGGGAGGGAAGGGAGGCUCAUGAAAGGAGGGAGAGGGAGGCGAGGGAGCAGGAAAACCGGAGGAGGCUGGAGGAGGAGAGGCGCUUGGAGAGGCAGAGAGAGAUGGAGAGACAGAGGGAGGAGGAGAGGCUGAGGGAGCUGGAGAGGAAGGAGGCGGCGAAACAGGAGAUAGAGCGCCAGCGAAGGGAGGAGUGGGAGCGUGGGAGAAGAGAGGAGCUGGGCAGGAGGAAAGAGGGGGAGCUGGAUGAGAUCUCCAGACUCAGGGCCAAAAAGAAGAGUCUGGAGUUAGAGCUGGAGGCUGUGGGAAACAAGCACAAGCAGAUCUCAGAUCGUCUCCGGGACGCUCAGAGCAAGAGGCGGAUUCUGAAGGCAGAAGUGGACAUGGUCAAUCAGAAGAGGGAUGCACGCAUCUUAGAGAUCAACACAACACAGCUUCAGUUUGAGGAAUGGCAGAGGAAGCUCUCACAGCUGGUCCCAGAACAACAGAGGCUGACAGAGAAGCUGCGAAACAUCAACCUCAACAAAAUCUCCUCGGUGACUCUGACCUCUCUGACCGGGAGUGUGACGGAGAAAGGAGUGAACUGCCGCAGGCUGAAAGACCAGCUUGACACUCUGGAGAGGGAGACCACAGACAAACUGGCCCAGAUGGAUCAGUACAACAAGGAGCUUAAGGAGCUGAGGGAGAAGCAGGUGAGGCAGCAGGCUGUCCUGGACGACCUGUACAGAGUCAAAGAGGAGAAACUGAGGGAGUUGCAGAGGCGCAGGGAGGAGGAGAUAGAAAGGAGGAGGAGGGAGGAAGAGGAGGCAGCCAGACUGGCAAAGAUAGAGCAAGAGAGACGAGAGAAGGAGAGGAUCGAGAAGGAGGCAGAGGAGGCGCGUCAAAGGAGGCUUCUGGAGGAGCAGAUGGCCAGACAGAGGGAGGAGGAGGAAAGGGAGGCACAGGCUCGCCUCCGAGCAGCCCAGGAGAAAGCACAGGAAGAGGAGAGAAGAAGGAGAGAGGAGGAGGAGGAGAAGAGGAAGAGGGAGGAGGAGGAAGAAAGGAAACGGAAAGAGGAAGAGGAGAAGGAGGAGAGGAGGAGGAAAGAAGAGCAUGAAAGAGGAGGACAGCAGACAGGGCUGGUGGCUCAGAGACCCUCCAAGCUGACCACAUACAGAGCUCUGUACUCGUUUGUUGCCCGAAACACAGAUGAGCUGAGUAUCGACGCAGAUGGCCUCAUACAGGUGGAUGAGCAGACCGUUGGUGAGCCCGGCUGGUUUUGCGGGAGUUACCAUGGAAAGAGGGGCUGGUUCCCCCAGAGUUAUGCAGAGAAAUGUCCUCACCCCUCUACUAGAGAGGAGACUGCCCCUGCUUCACCUGGAAAAACAUCCUGUCCGCCACUACCACCUCUUAACACAGGCAGAGUCCCAGAUGGGGAGGUAGUGGGCGACAGCUGUGUUCCUGCCCAAUCAGACCCUUCUCAGUCCUCUGACCCUCUGUUGGCUCGAGCCAUCUCCUCUUGGUCAGCCACCUCAGAAACUCACCUCAACUUCUCCUCCGGCGCGGACGACAUCAUCACUACGCUGCUGAGCUUUUCACAGGGUGACAUCAUCAGCGUGCUGCAGCAGAGGGAAGACUGGUGGUUGGGCCAGCUCAACGGGACGCAGGGAUGGUUCCCUAAAAGCUAUGUCACUUUGGAGACGGGUGGCAAUACAGAUGUGGAUGCAUUUGACACAUGUGACGGUGUUCAGCUAGAGGAGUAUGUGGCCUUGUAUACAUAUGAGAGCCCGGAGGCGGGGGACCUGACGUUUGUUGAGGGAGAUGUGGUCAUGGUGACGGAGAGAGAAGGAGAGUGGUGGCGAGGAUGCAUCGGGGAUCAGACCGGGGUUUUUCCCUCCAACUAUGUCCGACCUGUUGAACCAGAGGCAAACAAACCUGGAGCUCCAGUCAAAAAGCCUGAGAUCGCUCAGGCAGUCACCAUGUCUGUCGCCCCGACGAUGCAUCAGCUGUGUCUGUCUCCAGGGCAACUAAUCGUGGUCCUGGCCAAGAACUCCACCGGCUGGUGGCUCGGGGAACUGCAGGCUCGAGGCAAGAAGCGGCAGAGAGGCUGGUUUCAUUCCUCUCACGUCAAGCUCCUCGGCCCCUCCAGCAGCAAGUCCUCACCCUCCCCUCUGCCAGUGUGCCAAGUUAUUGCAAUGUACGACUACACAGCUGCCAAUCGGGAUGAGUUGAGCUUCUCCAAAGGUCAGCUGAUCAACAUCCUGGACAAGACCAACCCUGACUGGUGGAAAGGAGACGCCAGCGGGGUCACAGGCCUGCUGCCCACCAAUUAUGUCAAGAUGACAACAGAAUCAGACCCCAGCCAGCAAUGUACUAUAGAUUCCUUAUCCAUGCCAGAGCAUGGAGAGACUGACGGGUGUGCUGACCUGAUGACGUUGGACACCAUGACCCCUCAGGAGAGAAAGAGACAAGGUUACAUCCAUGAGCUCAUUCAGACUGAGGAGACCUACGUGGAAGACCUGGAGCUGGUUCUAGAGGUCUUCUACAAGCCCAUGUCUGAGUCAGGCCGUCUGACAGAAGCCGAGAUGGGAGUGAUCUUUGUUAACUGGAGGGAGCUGAUCAUGUGUAACACCAAGCUACUCAAGGCUCUGCGUGUCCGUAAAAAGACAGAAGGGGAGAACAUGCCGGUUCAGCUGAUAGGGGACCUGUUGGCUUCAGAGCUUGCACACAUGCAGCCCUACAUCCGCUUCUGCUCCUGCCAGCUCAACGCUGCUGCCCUGCUGCAGAACAAAACACACAACCAGCCUGACUUUAAAGACUUCCUCAAGAAGAUAGCCACAAAUUACCGCUGUAAAGGAAUGCCUCUGUCCAGCUUCCUCCUCAAGCCCAUGCAGAGGAUCACACGCUACCCGCUGCUCAUAAAGAACAUCCUGGAGCACACCCCGGAUGGUCACGCGGACCGCAGCCCACUGAGAGAAGCUCUGGAGCGGGCCGAGGAGCUGUGCUCUCAGGUCAACGAGGGAGUCAGAGAGAAGGAGAACUCAGACAGGCUGGAGUGGAUACAGAGCCACGUGCAAUGUGAAGGAGCUAUAGAGCACUUGGUCUUCAACUCACUGACUAAUUGCCUCGGGCCUCGCAAGUUGCUCCACAGCGGCCGGCUUUCCAAAACCAAAAGCAGCAGGGAGCUGUGGGCUUUCCUCUUCAAUGAUUUCCUUCUACUCACACACAGCGCCAAACCCUUCUCCUCCUCAGGAACAGACAAGCUUUUCAGCCUCAAGACCAACAUACAGCUGAAGAUGUACAAAACACCACUGUUUCUAAAUGAGGUUUUGGUGAAAAUGCCACCGGACCCGUCCAGCGAUGAGCCACUCUUCCAUGUCUCACACAUCGAUCGUGUCUACACGCUCAAAACUGAGACCUUGAAUGAGAGGACAACGUGGGUCCAGAAAAUCAAAGCAGCAUCUGAACAUUUCAUAGAGACAGAGAAGAAGAAGAGAGAGAAAGCUUAUCAAGCACGUUCCCUGAAGAGCAGCGGUAUCGGCCGACUGCUGGUAACUGUCACUGAAGCCCAGGAGCUCAAAGCCUGUAAACCCAACGGUAAGAGCAAUCCGUACUGCGAGCUGACGAUGGGGGCUCAGUGCUACACCUCCCGACCCGUCAGCGACACUCUGAACCCAAAGUGGAACUUCAACUGUCAGUUCUUCAUCAAAGACCUGUACCAGGACGUCCUGUGUAUCACUGUGUUUGAGAAAGACCAGUUCUCACCUGAUGAUUUCCUGGGUCGUACCGAGGUUCCUGUGGCAACUAUAAAGAAAGAGAUGGAGAGCAAAGGUGCUGCAAACCGUCGCCUACUACUGCAUGAAGUCCCUACUGGAGAAGUUUGGGUCAAACUAGACCUGCAGCUUUAUGAGCCGACCAAAUGAGGAACAUGCGCAGCUAAAAACACCCUCAGGCACACACACACACACACACUCACACACACCACUUGAUUUUAUAUAAUGAAGAGAAUAUGUUUUGCAUAAGCAGCCACUCACACCUGGAAGUGCCUAUUUGUAGUGAUACAAGUUACCUUGAAAAACAGAAAACAUUUUUACUGUCAGUGCCUUGUUCUGCCCUGAGCCUCUCAGACCCAUUCAAGUGACCUUUAACAGAAAAGAGAACAAGACCUCAGCAAAUGAGAACCGAUGAAGUAGUAAUAAAUUUUCGGAAAAGGCGUCCUUGUUCACAACAAACCAGCUAAUAUAUGACUAUGAUUGGUCACAGUUACAUUUGCUUAAUAGUUGAGUUUUAUCAUGCUCGUAUUUACAAAUUUGUACUAUUUUACUCUUAAUGGAGGAAUACAUCCUGUCCAACAUGUCUUCUUUUGUUUAUAUAAAGACAUGCAGCCUGUUAUACACUGCCACACGUUCUUGUUAUGCUAUGCUUACAAAUGUUGCACACUACUGUACAAUGUAAUAUCAAAGGUUAACUCUAAGUAUGCCAUUAAAUCCUGAAAAUGGCAAGAAUAAAAUGUACAUACAGUAAUUAUUUUGUUGU